AUGUCUCAAUCAUGUGCUGGUGUAUCGUGCAAAGAAAUAUCACGCGUUUUAUGUUAUUGUUGCAAUAAAAAUCUUUGUUUAAAUCAUCUAUCAAAUCAUUAUAGCUUAAAUAAUGAUCAACCGAAUUCUUUAACUGAUCAGAUUAAUAUAUUAAAUGAUCAACUCAACAGAUUGGACAUUGAAAAAUUAGUCAAUGAAAGUCGUCUAAAAUUGGACAAAUGGCGAGAUAAUAGUCUCAAAAAAGUUCAUCGUUUUUAUGAAAAUAAAUGUGAAGAACUUGAUCGAUAUUAUGCUGAACGGAUUCGUCAACAAAAAAAAGAAAUUGAUCAAUUGUAUAAGAAAUUAAGUGAAAUUAAUGAAAAGCAAGACAAAAUUCAACAAGACAGCAUCAAUGAAUUACAAUCAAUGAUUGUUGAUGUUAAACAAAAAAUAAACGACAUCGAACACAAACUUAUUCCAAUUAAUACUCGCGCUUUAUCAAUCGACAAUAGUUUAAUUAGUAUUGGAGAAAUAAAAAUACAAGGAUUUGACCUAAAAACACUUUUAUCGCCUUAUCAAACAUGUAAUUUUUCUGAAAAUUCGGGAUUCGCACUGGCUAGUAACGAUGAAUUUUUAUUAAUUGAUUUAAAUCAUGAUCUAUGUUUAUUUGAUAAAAAUUUGACCAUAAUUAAACAAUCUAUAUGGAACUAUGGUGCCAUUCAUGAUAUAUGUUGGUCAUCGGCAUUAGCUAGUUUUAUAGUGAUAACAGAAAAGAGUAAAGCAUUUUUAGUUAAUGGAAAUGAUUUAUCAAUUGAUAGUAUUGAAGAAAUGCAAAAUCAUUUAUGGAUGUCAUGUACAUGCUCUAAUUCGUUACUUUAUCUAGCAUCGCUUAGCAAUGCCGUCAUUGAAUUUUCUUUGUUGCCGUCAUUAUAUUAUAGAAGACGAUGGGAUCCUCCAAUAACUUGUAACAAAGCUGAAUUUAUCAAAGAUAUUGCUUGUAAUAAUGAAAAACUUGCUUUGAUAGUUGCUAUUUUCUCAGAUAGCAUAGCACAUUUAAUAGUUCGAUCUUUAGCAAACUUUAAUCAACUGUUUUCCAUUCGUUUGGACAUGAGAAAUUUAUCAUAUUAUCUACCUAUUCGUUGUUGUCCACUUAAAAAUAAUGAAUGGCUCGUUGUUGACGCAAAUGCAUCGCAACUGUUUCAUGUUGUUGAAGAUGGAAAACUGGAAGGAAAAUUGACAUAUGAUAAAUCACCUUACAAUGCUGUUUUAUUCGGUUCAAAUAUACUUGUUAUACGAACUGACACUACCAUUCAUUUCCAUCAAAUUUUACAUUGA